CUUUCCUCGAUCCUCCAGCGGAGGACGGGGAUGGUAGCAUCCGCGCUGACCUCGUCCGCCGCGCAUCGCCGCUCCGGCUUGCCGCUCCCUGCUGCCAUUUUGGCUCAAGGCGCCCUCAAUCGAGGCCUCUGAUUUCUUGCCACUUGCGCCGUCCGACGGCUCACCCAACCUCAACAACUCUUCUCUUGCACGAACUCUCGUUUGGCGGUCGCGCGGACCCAUGUAUCGCGCCAGCCAGCUUCAGAAUGUGUGGCUCCUGCUCAUCCCAGGCAUCCCCAGCGCGGGGGCAAUUCAGACCGGGCUCCAGGGUGCCGACGGUGGGAAGCAGGCGUCUGUGGACAACAGCAGUUUCUCGACCCCAAGUGCGAUUUCCAGGACGUGGUUCACCUAUUCGCAGAUAAGUGUGAAGUCUCAAUCGGGUUACUGCCUCGACGGCGAUGGUGGCUGGCCGUACAGUGGGAUGGAUUUGCACAAUUGGUAUUGUCCUCAUACAAAUGACAGGUGGACACUGCGGAGCGAUGAUUUACUCGAAGAUCUCAAUAGCGGCUAUUGCCUGAACAAUGAAGGAGAAGGGCAGGUAGCCCUCAUCCGCCCGUGCGCUUCAUCCAGCGCUUGGUGCACAGUGCCAAUCGCAUCCGAUCCGUCGUGGUUCCUUCUGCAAGUCAAGGGCACUAACCUGUGCCUGCAGACGGGCAGUCACGUAAAUUUCUGGUACAGGGUGGAGGUUUGCGAUGACAGUAGUAACUUUUUCAAGUUCCAGAAAUAUGGCGGUGGAUCGCAGGCAUCCUGUAGCGCUCCGACGCCUUCGCCGACGCCCAGCCCGACCUCCAGUCCGACAUCCAGUCCGACCUCCAGUCCGACCUCCAGUCCGACCUCCAGUCCGACCUCGUCCCCGACGCUCAACCCGACGCCUUCGCCGACUGAGGCGCCAACGCCGGCGCCAACGUCGGCGGCGACUCCGCCGACCUCGGCGACGGCCACUGGCGAUCCGCACCUGCAAAACAUCCACGGUGAACGGUUCGACCUGAUGACGCCGGGUAAGGUUACAUUGGUCAACAUCCCACGUGGUAGGCGCGUGGAGGACGCGCUGCUUGCGGUAGAAGCAGACGUGCGUCGCCAUGGUGGAUCUUGUGCCGACACGUAUUUCCAGGAAGUGAACAUCACAGGGGUAUGGGCGGACAAGUUGAAGGCCGGGGGUUUCACCUUCAACGCCGAAGGCGUUCAGAGCCACGAGGUGCCGAAAUGGACAAAUUUCGGGCCGCUGGAGGUCAAAGUCGUCCUCGGGCGCACGGAGACGGGGAUUCAGUACUUGAACGUCUUCGUCAAACACCUUGGGCAUGCCGGCUUUGCCGUCGGAGGGCUACUGGGAGAAGAUGACCAUACAGAUGCAGCGAGGAUCCCAGCGGAAUGCCGCACCACGAUUUCGCUGCUUAAGCCGUCCGGGACCAGCGUGCAGGUUGACGAGCCGGUCUCGGUCGCGAUCGCCAGCUGAGCCGACCUCCCGUCUUCCAUUCUUUCCCCUUCCCUCCUCCCUUUCGUCGUCAGCACCACUCCCGCUGCUCGUAUUUUUGCCCUGACCUCGCCCCCCCUUCUCGUGAUAUCCUCACGCCGGGGGCGCGGCCGUUUCUUCCUUCUGACUCUUUUGACGUGGAGGAAGCUGGGGCGGAGGCCUUCCUCGAGGGCUCGGGCGGCCACUAGGCCCCCGGGCCAGCUCUGCCCCGCAGCGCUGCCAGGUCCAGCGGCGCGCACUUCUGAGAAGGCCCGCAGCCUUCGGCCCACAGUGGCCCCUUUGUCCCGUGAUCGUCAGAAAAAAACGGCUCGAGGUGGG